GGAAACUUUCAAACAUGAGGCGAGAGGAGGGACUUUCAUUUGGAAGUCUUUGAUUGGCUCUUUCCGGUCCGUCAAACUUUCAACUGUCCAAUGAAAUCAUUGAAUGUGUUUGACCAAUGAAAAUACGCCAUCAGAGGCGCGCGUCAUCUCCUCACAGAAUUAGCAUAGAGGAGGAAAUAAAUACUUCUGUGAGCUGAAAAAGAAUCAUUAUUCUGAGUUUGUUCUUCAGAUCAUCAUGCCUGAACCAGCCAAAUCCGCCCCGAAGAAGGGAUCCAAGAAGGCCGUCACAAAGACCGCCGGUAAGGGAGGAAAGAAGCGCAGAAAGUCCAGGAAGGAGAGUUACGCUAUCUACGUGUAUAAAGUCCUGAAACAGGUUCAUCCUGACACCGGGAUCUCUUCCAAGGCGAUGGGAAUCAUGAACUCUUUCGUCAACGACAUCUUCGAGCGCAUCGGCGGUGAAGCGUCUCGUCUCGCUCACUACAACAAGCGCUCCACCAUCACAUCGAGAGAGAUCCAGACCGCCGUGCGUCUGCUGCUGCCCGGUGAACUGGCCAAACACGCCGUGUCUGAGGGCACAAAAGCCGUCACCAAAUACACCAGCUCCAAGUAGAAGAACAUCCGGUUUCUCAACCAACCCAAAGGCUCUUUUAAGAGCCACACAUGUUCUCAUUUAAAGAGUGUUUCUGUGAUUUAAGAGAUUAUGAAUGUCAGUUGUGAUGUGAAUGUCCACAGCAAAGGUUCGUAGCUUGGGUCAAUAAACACAUUUAAGUACUGAAUCGGAGCUUCAUUCGAAUUGGAUAAAAAAAAAAAUGAAGUGAUUGCGACGAGUCUAUAUUAAGCUAAAAACACGUGACCGCUUCAGUAUCUUGUUCAGAAGAGGCGCAAAAUCCCAGUGCAACUUUGAGCUCAAUGGUACAGUAGCACAGGCACGUUAUAACACUUUACUGUCUGUCAAGUAUAUUUAUUUUCGAUACCAAGUAAUAGAUUCACACAUACAUUGAUUGAUAGAUGUGUAUCAGAGAGACAGACAGUGAGAGAGACCGAUCCAGGAACAGAAAAACAUGGUUACCCCCGUGUGUCACCCCAAUGUUCACCACAUUGACCCUCAGUGUAUGUGUGUAUAUUCAUUUAUGAGUCAGUAUAUGUCAGUUCUCUUCAGUUAUUUAA